AUGGCGAACAACACGAAACCGUUGAGGUACGCAGACGUUGGCAUCAACCUUGGAGACCCUGUUUUCCGCGGGGUGUACCACGGAAAGCAAGCGCAUGAGGAUGAUUUGGACGACGUUGUCCAACGAGCCCUGGACGUGGGUUGUACCAAACUGAUGGUCACUGGCUCCAGCCUGAAAGAGUCCCAUCAUGCGGUCGAGCUCGCGAAACAAUACCCGGGCAUUUGCUUUGCGACGAUUGGGGUACAUCCGUGCUCGACGCAGGACUUUGACCAUCACGCGGGCGGCCCGAGUGCCCUCAUCAAAGAGCUUCGUGAUCUGACCCUCGAAGCAAAAGAGAGUGGACAUGCGGUCGCCUUUGGAGAAAUCGGGCUAGACUACGAUCGACUGUUCCUAUCGCCGAAGGAGAUCCAACUCAAAUAUUUCGAGCUGCAGCUGGACCUGGCAGUGGAGAUGCAGCUGCCGCUGUUCCUACACUCGCGAGCCUGCAGCGAGGACUUUGAGAGAAUCCUCAGUGCCCGCCUAGACAAGCUGCCCAAACGCGGCCUGGUGCACAGCUUUACCGGCACCAUACCGGAAAUGGAGGCACUGGUCAAGCUUGGGUUUGACAUCGGCAUCAACGGGUGCAGUAUAAAGACAGCAGAGAACCUGGAGGUGGUCAAAGCAGUUCCUUUGGAUCGUCUUCAGAUCGAGACAGAUGGACCCUGGUGUGAGAUACGAGCGUCUCAUGCCUCAUCGCAGUACCUGAGAGAUGGGCCGGUGAUCCCCAAAGCGGUGAAGAAGGAGAGAUGGCAGAAAGGGAUGAUGGUCAAAGGGCGAAACGAGUCGGCGACCAUCGUGCAGGUGGCGCACGUGAUUGCCGGCGUGAAGGCGCUGGCAGUGGAGGAAGUGUGCGAGGCAGCGUGGGCGAAUUCGACCCAGAUGUUUGGAUUGGGCCAUUAG